CUUCCUCUCAAGGAGGGAGCGAGAAUAAGGCGACGCCCAAGCAGACCCGCUGCCGGCUCUAGUCACAGGAACUUCAGCACCCACGGGACGGACAGCGCUCUCCUCCACCUGGAGACCUGAGUCCCGAGCGCCCACGGUCUAAUUAAUCCCUUUACUCCGGAGCCCAGCGGAGCUCCACUAGACGCGGAUCCCCGCCACUGGCCCUCCCCGCGCCCACUCUCCUAGCUUUUCCUGUUUUUACUCCUCCUUUUCAUUCAUAACAAAAGCUACAGCUCCAGGAGCCCGGCGCCAGGCUGUUUCCGAAGCCAAGCGUGGAAGAAUGGGUUUCCUUUGGACCGGCACUUGGAUUGUGGUAUUGGUGCUCCACAGCAGCCCAAUUCAGGCUUUCCCCAAACCGGCAGGCAGCCAAGACAAACCCCUGCACAAUAGAGAGUUAAGUGCAGAAAGACCUUUGAAUGAGCAGAUUGCUGAAGCAGAAGCAGACAAGAUUAAAAAAACAUACCCUCCAGAAAACAAGCCAGGUGAAAGCAAUUAUUCCUUUGUUGAUAACUUGAACCUGCUAAAGGCCAUAACAGAAAAGGAGAAAAAUGAGAAAGAAAGACAAUCUGUUAAAAUCUCCCCAAAUGAUAAUAAAUUGAAUGUGGAAGAUGUUGAUUCAACCAAGAAUCGGAGACUGAUUGAUGAUUAUGAUUCUACUAAGAGUGGACUGGACCGUAAAUUUCAAGAUGAUCCAGAUGGCCUUCAUCAACUUGAUGGCACUCCUUUAACUGCUGAAGACAUUGUCCAGAAAAUUGCUACCAGGAUUUAUAAGGAAAACGACAGAGGAGUAUUUGACAGGAUCGUUUCCAAACUGCUGAAUCUUGGCCUAAUUACAGAAAGCCAGGCACACACACUGGAAGAUGAAGUUGCAGAGGUUUUGCAAAAAUUGAUCUCUAAGGAAGCCAAUUAUUAUGAAGAGGAACUCAAUAAACCAACAAGCAAGACUGAGAGUCAGACUGUAAAAAUACCAGAGAAAGUGACUCCAAUGGCAGCAAUUCAAGAUGCUUUUACUAAUGGAGAAAAUGAUGAAACAGUAUCUAACACCUUAACCUUAACAAAUGGCUUGGAAAGGAGAACUAAAACCUACAGUGAAGACAAUUUUGAGGAACUCCAGUAUUUCCCAAACUUCUAUGCACUACUGAAAAGUAUUGAUUCAGAAAAAGAGGCAAAAGAGAAAGAAACCCUGAUUACUAUCAUGAAAACCUUGAUUGACUUUGUGAAGAUGAUGGUAAAAUAUGGCACCAUAUCUCCAGAAGAAGGUGUUUCCUAUCUUGAAAACCUGGAUGAAACUAUUGCUCUUCAGACCAAGAAUAAACUAGAAAAAAAUGUUACUGACAAUAAGAGCAAACUUUUCCCAGUGCCAUCAGAGAAGAGUCAUGAAGAAACAGACAGUACCAAGGAAGAAGCUGCUAAGAUGGAAAAGGAAUACGGAACCUUGAAGGAUUCCACAAAAGAUGAUGACUCCAACCCAAGAGGAAAGACAGAUGAGCCCAAAGGGAAAACAGAAGCCUAUUUGGAAGCCAUCAGAAAAAAUAUUGAUUGGUUGAAGAAACACAACAAAAAGGAAAAUAAAGAAGGACAGAGGAACCACAAAGAGGUUAUGGUUUCGCUUUUCACUCCCUGCAUACAAUUCAAACAACAUGAAAAUCAAGGUAAUUCUUAAUAUGGAAAAAAAAGUGGGUUGUCAUAGCAACAUGGGCUUAACCAGUGUAACAAGUUGAAGAAGUCAGAGCACCUGGUUCUGAUCAUAACUGUUACUAGCUGUGUGACCUUAAAUAAGGAACUUAAGCUUUAGGAUCCUGUUACCCACAGUGUGUUUCCUGGACCGGCAGCAUCAACAUCUUUUGAAACCUUGUGUAAAAUGCAGAAUCUGGUCCCCCUCCCCUGCUCAGGCCUACUGAAUACAGAUCUGCAAGUUCCCAAGAGCCCCAGGUGAUUGAUAUAAACAUUAAAGUUUGUGGAGCCCGGGUUUAUGAAUAUGUUCCCUUUCUGGUCAAAUGAGGGUUAUUCUCCCCACCUGAAUGCCUCAAAAAGUUGUGAUGAAAAGCAGAUGGGAUAAUAUAAUGCAUAUAAACAUGAUUUGAAGCUGCAAACUACUGCAACAAUGCCAAGAUCUAAAAUGCCUUCCAUUGUGAAAGAUGGGCAUGGUAACUGUUUUGCACAAAAUGUUCGCCAAUAGCAAUCAGUGUAAU